AAACGACCAACCAACAGUCGUUUGGAUCAAACCAAAACAAACAUGGCUGCGCCCAUAAAAUAUUUCUGAACGGGGCAUGUCCUCAUUUCUGAGGUCACAAGACAACAAUCAGCUGUUUCCUGCAUAGAAUUGAGACAACUGCCACAAUUGAGAAGUAUGCCCUCCAAGUCUUCACAUGGUGUACUGUAUCAGUACAGAAACUGCAGACUUCUAAGGAAGCACAGCAUUUACAAGGAUGACCUGUGGGUCCGAGAUGGGAAGAUUGUCAACCCUGAGAUACUCUUCUUUGAGGAAAAAUCCUAUGCUGAUGUUCAGAUUGACUGUAAUGGAGCUAUCAUCUGUGCAGGGUUCAUCGAGACACAGAUCAACGGUGCAUUUGGUGUGGACUUCUCCCAGGUGCCUGACAAGGGAACAAUAGAAGAAGGUGUGCUCAAAGUAGCGAAGGGCCUUCUAGCUCACGGAGUGACAUCAUUUUGCCCAACUGUGAUUACCUCCCCUCCAAGCACAUACCACAAGAUCCUGCCUCACAUCAAGCAGUGCCCUGGCAGUAAGGAAGGAGCUGGUGUUUUAGGUACCCAUGUGGAGGGGCCGUUCAUCAGUCGGGAGAAGAAGGGAGCCCAUCCACCUGAACACAUCCGCAUCUUUGACAAUGGCUUCCAAGAUGUCUUGGAAACAUACGGCUCAGUUAGUGAUGUUGCCAUAGUUACAUUAGCACCAGAGCUGAACAAUUCUAAAAUGGUGAUUGAGGAGUUCAUCAAGAGAGGAAUCGUGGUCAGUCUAGGCCACUCACAGAGUAAUCUGGUCCAGGGCGAGGAGGCUGUGAGCCAGGGGGCUUGUUACAUUACUCAUCUCUUCAAUGCCAUGCUGCCAUUCCACCACCGUGACCCUCACCUUGUGGGUCUCCUCGCCAGUGAGAGGCUACCCAAGGACAGGACGAUAUAUUACGGCCUUAUCUCCGAUGGCAUCCAUACUCAUCCUGCAGCACUCCGUAUUGCUCACAGAGUACACCCUCAAGGGUUAGUGCUGGUUACGGAUGCCAUCCAGGCAAUGGGUCUACCAGAGGGCUUCUAUGUGUUCGGGGAGCAGGAGAUUGAAAUCAAGGGAAAGAGAGCAGUGUUGGCUGGGACAGAUACACUUUGUGGAAGUAUUUCAACCCUGGAUAACUGUGUGAGGCACUUCAUCAAAUCUACAAAUUGUGGCCAAGUCCUGGCGCUGGAAGCUGCCUCUCUCCACCCUGCGAAGAUGAUGGGGAUAACGGCACAGAAAGGGACACUUGAGUUCAACACAGACGCUGACUUUAUUGUCAUCAAUGACAACCUUGAACCCUUGGCCACGUACAUCGCGGGGGAGCUGGUGUGGGAGAAUCCUGACACUCAAUCCCUGGUCGUCAGCAAGGUCAAGGAGUAACCUUGUAAAGCCACAGGAUUGUGCCAUUCAUAUUUCUCCACGAUUUAUUCAGUUUAUUUUGCAGAAAAGUGUUGACAGCUGAUAAUUGGCAUCCGAAUCUUCUCUAUGGUGAUGUAAAAUAUUGUAGGGCAAGGUUUGUAUUUUGGGCGAGUUAUGGCUACGGGGUGUGAUGAUAAUUUUUAUAGAGAAUCAUGUACAAUGUGAAUGACCCUCACCUCACUAAUAUUUAUGACACAGACACCGACCCAACCCCCUUCCCCCACACGCCAUGUACACAAGUAAUGGGUUGUUAGUAUGAGAAGAUUAUUGCAGAAACCAUUAUGCAUUCAGAAAUGUCAAAAACAUCAGUAGGCCUACCUAGUUAAUUGGACAAUACAUGAGGUCUAUAUAUGUGCCAAAUUAUGUCACAAAGCAUUCCAGGUUUUUUACCGUGGUGGUAGAUGCAACAACAUAAAUGCAGAUAUUUUUUGCAAGAAAUGUUUGAAGUAUACACAAGUAUUUGACUGUAAACUUGUGUAUAUUGAUUUUAUUUGUUUCUUGCUAGUAGGUUAUACACAUUGACAGUUUCCAUACGCUUUGUUUACAGUCAGAACAUACCACUUUGGUAAAAUACAAUGUACCUAUGAAGUAUUCCGAAGUUUGUUUCUGAAUCCCAUCAGGACCAGAGACAGCAUCCACUCUGUGUUAUCCUGAUGGUGUGAUAUCGCUGGUGCCUUAAAAACUUUAUAUGUUAAUGUGUGCAGCAGUUGGAUGGCAGGAAAUAGUAGCUUACAACAAUACUACUCCAAAAUAACUACAGAUUUCCUGUUUCUUUCAUAUCCCUCAUUUAAUGUGUUGGAAAACCGUUAGGCUGCAUCAAUCCUGUUAAAAAUAAGGAAAA